UAUUUGUUCAGUUUGUUAGUGAAGUUCGUCGGACGCUGUCGAUCGAUCCAAACGCAGCAAAUGUUCAACAAGUGUUGCCAUUGCCUUCGCCGUAGUCGUCGUCAACGUCAACCCCUAGAUAAUCGUCAUUUUUAAGAGAUAAAAGCAAAAAAAAAAAAAAAAAACAGAAGAAAAGCAAACAAAGUGAGAACCCCGUAAAAAUAACAACAGAAUAUCAAACAUUAAUUCCCGCCUGCCAGACAGCCAAGAACCCAGAAAAGAAAACAACAGCAAAAACAAAAAACGUAACGUAAUUUGUUUGUUGCAGCAUUUAAGUUGUUGUUGCUUUUCUUUUGGUAAAUGCGUGAUCGCCAUCUAAACAAAAUGCCGCGUGGUGGUUCAGCAACAGCACGCUAUGAAGAAGAUCCUGAAAAUGCCUGGAAUUGCGGCUCAUGGUUUGAGUAUUUACUAAUUGUGAUCUUGUCCACCAUUCUGUUGGUGGGCGUGCUGGUGCUCACUCUCUUCUGGGUCAUAUUCUAUCGUGGCGGUUUUGCAUGGUCGGAAAAUCCAGAGCUACAAUUCAAUUUACAUCCCGUUUUAAUGGUGGCCGGUUUCAUAACAUUCUCAGGAUUUUCAAUUCUUUUGUAUCGCCUGUGCCGCUGCCUGAAACACAUCUAUGUGAAACUGGUUCACAUGCUGUUCCAUGCAUGCGCCAUUCCAUGCAUCGCUUUGGGAUUCUUGUCCGUAUUCGAUUCGCACAAUCUCUCGGAGCCGCCGAAACCGAACUUCUACAGCCUGCACACAUGGCUGGGUUUCGUGACAAUGGGCAUGUUUGCCAUGCAAUUUGUGAUCGGUUUCUUCAGCUUUUUGAUAUUAUUAUGCUGUGAGAAUCGCACUUACAAUUGCCGUGCCACCAUGGUGCCAAUCCAUGCCAGCUUUGGCUUAGCCAAUUUCAUGAUGGCCAUUGCGACCUGCGUCACCGGUCUGGUUGAGAAGGAACGUCAAAUGAUUGGCGGCGAUAGUGGCGAUACAGCAAUCAGCACCCGCAGUUCCGAGAUCGAACACUAUAUCAUGAAUUCGUUGGGCAUUGUCUUGGUGGCGAUAGGCAUUAUUGUCUCUGUUGCCGUUCGUCGUUCAAAUGCUCCAGCCACUGCCAAAGUUUAUGUAACCGAACGAAUUUAAGUUCGAUGAAGAGAGACAACAACUGCAACAACCACAGCAGAAGCAGCAAAGAAAACCGAAAGAAAAGACAUGAACUACCCCACCACCACUACCCUACUAAAUGAAACUAUUCCUUCCUGACCGCCCGACCCUUUCAACUUUUUUAUUCCUUCCCCCAAAAAUAUGAAAAAUAAAAAAACCAAAACUUAUUCAACAACAUCCCAAAUAUGUCAAUGUCAUAACUUUUU